AUGGAUCUAAAAUCAGGGUCAUUAAGCAACAGUAGGAACAGAGGUUAUGGUGGUCGCAAAUUGUGUGCUUGUCGGUUGCCAGCAAAGAUUUUCACGGCUUGGACAGACAAAAAUCCUGGCCGAAAGUUCUUUGGGUGUGAAUUGUACAAGGAAGGAAGAAAUGACCAUUGUUCUUACUUUGAGUGGUUUUAUAAAGAAGAAGUCUAUGGUUGGCCAAAGAGGGCUUUGAUUGAAGCAAGAGAUGAAAUAUGUGAGAAGAAAAAACGGAUAAGUGAACUAACCGCCACUGUCAAUUUCCUUCGUAUGGAGUUAGAGAAGCAGAAGCCGGAGAAACCAGGCAGUAGUAAUGGAGAUGAAGAGAGCAUUUGUAAUGAGUUUGUGAAGUUGCUGAGCAAAGGUAAUAUCCAUUGA